AUGCGAGGAACUGACAGAACAGACAUUUUUGUAUCCAGUUUAGUAAGUUACCGUGGCACCUGCCAUCUAUAUAUGUACGAGUUUCUCCUUCUCUGGCUCUCUUCCCCCUCCCGCUGUAAAAAAGGAAUUACUCAUGGCGGCUGUAUCAUUCUUCCAAGCACGCGUACAGAACCAGAAGCUGAAGAACUCACCAUUGAGAGUGGAUUUGGGACGUGGGUUUUCGAGAAGCUUGGGUUUUGGUCAUGUGAGACCAACCAAAUGGCGGACUUUUGAGCUCAACAAGCUAGCGGUCUGUGCUGAUAGCAAUGACAUCGCAGCGUCUCGGAGCGAGUCCACACCUCCCCUGACUCGGGUGAAACGCCAUACAAUUUCAGUCUUUGUUGGGGAUGAGGGUGGAAUAAUAAAUCGGAUUGCUGGGGUGUUUGCUAGGAGGGGCUACAACAUCGAGUCCCUUGCAGUUGGUCUGAACAAGGACAAGGCUCUCUUUACCAUAGUGGUCUUGGGAACCGAGAAGGUUUUGAGACAAGUCAUUGCACAACUGAACAAGCUUGCGAAUGUCAUUAAGGUUCAAGACAUCGCAAGGGAGCCACAAGUAGAACGUGAACUGAUGCUUAUAAAACUUAAUUCAGAUGUGAAUACCCGUGCUGAGAUCAUGUCGUUAGUAGACAUCUUCAGAGCAAAAAUUGUUGAUAUCUCCGAAGAUUCGCUGACUAUUGAGGUCACUGGGGACCCUGGAAAGAUGGUUGCUAUUCAAAGAAACUUAAGCAAAUUCGGAAUCAAAGAACUUGCAAGAACUGGAAAGAUUGCAUUGCGACGAGAAAAGAUGGGUGAAACUGCUCCAUUCUGGGGAUUCAGUGCAGCUUCCUAUCCAGAUCUUGAACCACCACCUCCUGUUAAUGUUCUUGAAGAGAAAGCAGGUCAAUCACUUAAUGGCGAUGUCCGUAUAUCCUCAGGUGGUGAUGUUUAUCCUGUGGAGCCAUUCGAUGACUUGAUGAUGAAACAAGUUCUUGAUGCUCACUGGGGCAUUGUCUAUGGUGAUGAUUCUAGUGAGCUUCAGUCGCACACAUUGUCUAUGCUUGUGAAUGAGUGCCUUGGAGUUCUGAAUAUGGUUACUGGAGUUAUUUUUCGAAGUGGUUAUAACAUUCAGAGUUUAGCUGUGGGGCCAGCUGAAAAAGAUGGGCUUUCCCGCAUCACAACUGUUGUUCCUGGGACUGAUGAGUCAAUUGGCAAGUUGGUUCAACAACUUCACAAGUUAACAGAUCUUCAUGAGGUUCGGGAUAUCACUCACUUGCCAUUUGCAGAGAGAGAACUUAUGCUGAUAAAGAUUUCUGUGAAUAACACUGCUAGGAGGGAUGUCCUUGAUAUCGCCAGCAUUUUCCGGGCCAAAGCUGUUGAUGCGUCUGAUCACACCAUUACACUUGAGCUUACAGGUGAUUUAGACAAGAUGGUUGCAUUACAGAGGUUGUUGGAGCCCUACGGAAUUUGUGAGCCAAACACUUCGAGCUUCAACCUUUUGCCGGUGACGGAGGCCCUUUCCGGUGGCGACGUUGAUGCCAGUACCCACAGACAAGGCUAGCGAGUGUACCCCUGGUGCCCAGUAUCAGAGAAGAUGCCGAAGAGUGGCCGGAAACCACUUCAAACACUUUCGGUCCCGACGACAAAGGGAACCACCGUAUCGAUUCCGGCGGCGAUGACGAUGCCGGUAAUCAUAGACAAGGCUGGUGAGUCCACCCCUGGUACUUAGUACUGGAGAAGAUGCUGGAGAGUGGCCGGAAACCACUUUAAACGGAAGCACCGUAUCGAUUUAGGCGUGAACCACCGUAC